AUGGCCCGACCAUCACGCACCACCCCGCGCUCCACAGCCACCGACGUCCCUCAACAGCCUCCCUCUCAAAAUGACCCCCCAAACACAUCCCAACCCGGCCCAUCGCACCGUCCAAACCCCCUCAGCAAUCUCACCUCUCGCCUGGCCCGCUUCGCGUCGGGCAACGCGGCCCACAACGACACCGAAGACCAUGACGGAAACCUCUCUGACUCCGGCUCCGAGCGGGAGCUCCUCCUGGACCCUAACCUACCUGUUGAUCAUGCCCAGCGCCACCAGGCUUUGCCGCGGGAGUCUAUCGCUUUGUCGAGGUUGACCCGCCAGCGGCAGCAUCGCGAGGGGUAUCAGAAGACCUCUUCUCUAGAUCUAGAUGAAGACCAGGAACCUCUUGCCGGAACAGGGCCGGCCACAGAAACAGGCACGAGAAAACCCUCCUCCGACACCGACUCCGAAGACGGCCUAGCCCUCGAAGACCUAGAACUAGAUCUCGAGGAAGAAGAAGAAGAAGAAGAAGAAGAAGACUCACCCUACCCCGAAGUGCGCGCCGCCGUGCGUCCGACCGACGACCCGAGCCUGCCGUGCAACACGGUGCGGGCGUGGACGAUCGGGCUGGCGCUGAUUUUUCUUGGGGCGAGCAUGAAUACGUUGUUUUCGCUAAGGUCGCCGAAUAUUAGUUUGGGGGCGUUGAUUGCGCAGGUUAUUGCUUGGCCCCUGGGCCGAGGCUGGGCGCGCUUCGUCCCCGAUAUCGAAGUGACCGUUCCACUACUCUGGUUUGGUCGGGGGGCGCGGAAUGGAGUCGUCGGCAUCAAGGGAGUCAGACUCAAGCUGAACCCAGGCCCGUUCAAUGUCAAGGAGCACGCCAUCAUCGUAGUCAUGGCCGGCGUGUCGUUCUCGGUGGCGUAUGCGACAGACAUCAUCCUGGCGCAAAAGGUGUUUUACAAGCAGGACUUUGGCCUGCUGUGGCAGCUGCUGCUGGUCGUGUCGACGCAGAGUUUGGGGUAUGGUAUUGCGGGGAUGAUGAGAAGGUUUCUCGUGUACCCCGCGUCAAUGAUCUGGCCCGGCAACCUAGUCUCCGUAACGCUGAUGAACGCCAUGUACGAAAGCAGCGAGGACCGCGACCCGACGGUGCUGGGCGGCUCGAUGGCCCGCUACAGCUGGUUCGGCCUGGUGACCGUGGGGUCCUUUGCCUACUACUUCAUUCCGGGCUGGUUCGCCCAGUUCCUGAGCUCGUUCGCUUUCAUGACGUGGCUGGCCCCCGACAGCCCCGUCGUCAACCAGCUCUUUGGCUACUCCACGGGGCUGUCGCUGCUUCCGAUUACCUUUGACUGGACCCAGAUUUCGGGGUUUGUUGGGUCGCCGCUGAUUCCGCCGUGGCACGCCAUCGCCAACACCAUGGUCGGCGUGGUCCUCUUCUUCGUGCUGCUGGCGUCGGUCCUGCACUACAGCGGCGCCUGGUACUCGCAAUUCCUGCCCAUGAGCGACUCCAACACGUACGACAACCGCGGGCAGCGGUACGACGUGUCGCGCAUCCUCACCGCCGACUACACGCUGGAUGUCGAGGCCUAUGAGGCAUACUCACCGCUGUUUCUGAGCACGACGUUUGCCAUCUCGUACGGCCUGUCGUUUGCCGCCAUCGCCUCGCUGGUCGUGUACACGUACCUGCACCACGGCCGGACCAUCUGGCGGCAGUGGCAGAGCAGCACCACCGAGAAGGCCGACAUCCACAUGAAGCUGAUGCGCCGGUACAAGGAGGCCCCCACCUGGUGGUACAUGUCGCUGUUUGGCGUUAUGCUCGCCAUCGGCUUCGUGACCGUCCUGGCCUGGCCCACCAACAUGACUUGGUGGGCCUUUUUGCUGGCCGUGCUCAUCUCCUUCCUCUUCUCACUGCCCAUCGGCAUCAUCCAGGCCGUCACCAACAACCAGAUCGGCCUCAACGUGCUCACCGAGUUUGUCUAUGGCUACAUCCAGCCGGGGCGACCUCUGGGUCUCAUGAUCUUCAAAACCUUCGGCUACAUCACCAUGUCGCAGGCCCUGACCUUUGUAGCCGACCUCAAGUUCGGCCACUACAUGAAGAUCCCCCCGCGUACCAUGUUCAUGGCCCAGGUCGUGGCCACCACCUUUUCUUGUUUUGUACAGGUCGUCGUGCUCAACUACGCCCUCAAGACCAUCCCCGAUGUCUGCGAGCCCACCCAGCCGGACCACUUUACCUGUCCCGGCGGGCGGGUCUUUUUCUCCGCCUCCGUAAUCUGGGGCCUAAUCGGCCCCGCCCGCAUCUUCUCCCCCGGCCAAAUCUACUCCUCCCUCUUCCUCUUCUUCCUCCUGGGCGCCCUCACCCCGCUCAUCAUCUACCUCCUCGCCCGCCGGCGCCCCAAAUCCUUCCUCCGCUACCUCAUGGCCCCCGUCAUCUUCGGCGGCGCCGGCGCCAUCCCCCCCGCUACUCCGCUCAACUACCUCUCCUGGGGCCUCGUGGGGUGGGUGUUCCAGUACUGGAUCAAGAAACGCCAUUUUUCGUGGUGGAGUAGGUUGAACUUUUUGACGAGUUCGGGGCUGGAUUUGGGACUGGCGUUGAGUACGUUGGUGAUCUUUUUUGUGUUUACGUUGAAUGAGGUGGAGCCGCCGGUUUGGUGGGGGAAUGAGGUCGUGAAGGGGACGUUGGAUUAUCGUGGGGGGGCGGUGCAGAGCGUGUUGGCGGUCGGGCAGACUUUUGGGCCUGCGUCGUGGGGGUAG